AUGACCCCACCAAACAGAGAUCCGAUUGCGAGUCAUACCGACCGGACACGUGAAAGGGAAAGAAAAGAAGAAGAAUUGAAGCAAGCUACAGUGCAGCAGCCGCAAACACCUGUAAAAGAUGAAGAUUCGAAGAAAUUAGUAGAUAAAACUAUUAUUUUAGAAACGGGUAGUCAGAUAAAACCAGAACAUUCCGGACAAACAAAGGACGCGAAACCGUUAAGUCAUUGUUCGCGUAAAACUAGCUACCACGGUUCGAAAAAGUCAUCUUCGUCGUCUAUUGUGGCACAAAGGAAGAAGCUGGAGCUAGAAGCUGCUGAAGCAAAGGCUCGCAUACAAAUGGACUUGAUAGAAAAAAAGCUACAAGUAGAUCUCGCCAACCUUGAAGAAGAAUACAGUCCAUCUGAAGAAUCUGUACCGUCAGAACAAGACCAUCAGUCAGUUAAAAGUGAUGUCGCCAGGUGGGUCGAGCGCAGCCAGCUGGAACUGGAGUCACAGCACGUCCCCGAGACUGGAAAUAACCCGGACGCGUUGUGUUCGUCGGCAGCAGUGGUCGCCGGCACCGAGUUGCCAGUUCAGCAGUUAGCCAGCGCACUAAAGGAAUUGGCCACCGUAUCUGCAUCCAACAAUACCCAAAACGCCAGGCUGCUGAGCCGCAUCAGCACCCCGAAGGAACUGCCCUUGUUCUACGGUGAACCAAUGGAGUGGUUGCAAUUCAAACAAGCUUUCGAAGAAUCGAACAGAUGUUUAUUAUCGCACCAUGAUAGACAAUCGUGCACGGCCGCCGCGUGUGACGUGGAGGGGUGUGGGCAGGCCCAUCACCGGCUCCUGCAUUACGUACCGGGUCAAAGUUCGCGCUCGAACCAUUAUAACGUUGUGGAAGUGUCGGACACUAGUGCUCAGACUGAAACUGUGACGCAUAUAGACGUUGACCAGCGCGAAUCGUUAUUAAAAGUUGUGCCGAUAUACCUACAUGGACCUAACGGUAAAAUAAAAACGACUUGUAUGCUUGACGAUGGCAGUGGUGUGUCGUUCAUAAGUACGGAACUCGCGGAGCGCGCGGGACUGCGCGGGCGCAAACAGUGCGUUAAUGUGCGCGGCGCAUGGCUCAAUUCAGAACAACAGUGCGAAACACAGCUGAUCGACUGCUCGAUAUCUAAUAGUGACGGGACAAAGUUCAAUUUAACCGCGCGUAUUGCACCCCAUCUGGACUUACCUGUGCAAAACCCCGGACUUGUUAAGUGCGGUAAAUAUAAGUACCUAGACCGUAUAAUGAACUUUGUGUGUGCUGAUAAUCAAAAACCUGAAAUUCUCAUCGGACAAGAUAACUAUCAUUUGCAUGUACCACGUGAGAUCAUAGAGGGCAGCGAAAAUGAGCCCUACGCGACGCGUACUCCGCUGGGCUGGUGCGUGCACGGCCCGUGCCAACGUGCAGCUGUAAUGAAACAACGGAAGAUACACACUUCAUUACAUCUCAGUUAUACCUAUGAACAAGAUAUGGCAAUUGAAAACAAUGAAAUACUACGUGAACUGCAAGAAGAUAUGCGUCGAUCUUUCUCCAUCGAUUCUAUGGGCGUAUCUGCUAAACCUCGGCAGAACUCGGAGGACGUACUGGCCCAGGAGCACCUGGAACAAACCUCUGAACUUAUCGAUGGCCAGUGGCAAGUCGGCUUACCUUGGAAGGAUCCUCACUGUGUCACCGUCGACUCGUAUCCAAAUGCACUGUCACGACUGAAAGGAGUUGAGCUGAAAAUGAAAAGGAGUGAAGAGUAUGCACGAAGGUAUAAAGAACGCAUACAACAUUUGUUAGAAAAUAAAUAUGCUGAGAAGUUAGAAAAUCAAGUCACAUCUGCUAGAACAUGGUACUUACCUACUCAUGGCGUCGACAAUCCAAAUCAGAAGAGCCUUCGUCUGGUUUUCGAUGGGUCAGCUAAAACAAAAGGGUUCAGUUUAAAUAGCUACCUAUAUAAAGGCCCCGACCUACUGGUACCGUUAAUAGGAAUCAUGUGGCGAUUCCGCGAAAACAAAGUUGCGAUCUCUGGCGAUAUCAAAGACAUGUUUCUCAGAGUUAAAAUAAAACCCGAGGAUCAGCAAGCCCUACGCUUUCUAUACCGAGAUAACCCCGAAGAACCUAUAGAUACCUACCUGAUGACGUCACUCAUAUUUGGAGCGAAUUGCGCGCCGUUCAUAGCGCAAUUCAUAAAAAAUAAAAAUGUGAGACGUUUCGAGUCUACAUAUCCAGAGGCGGCUAACGCUAUAUACACGCAACACUACGUCGACGACUACAUUGACAGCUUACCUGAUGACCAAUCUGCAAUUAAGCUGGUUCGUGACGUCACAUAUGUUCAUGCGCAAGGCGAUUUUCAUAUACGCAAUUGGAAUAGCAACAGUCAAGCCGUCAUCAACAGCAUUCCAAAAGAGACUUUGGGAAGCAGCGCUGUAAGGUUCAAAGUCGGACAACAGUACGCGGGCGAGCGAACACUUGGUCUGCUGUGGAAUCCAAGUGAAGACACGCUGGGGACUGAAGAAAACGAGUGUUCCACGCUUAGAAUUGAAUUCGGCAGUUAUGGCAGCUCGAUUAGCUGA